AUGAUUUUCCAACAAGAAUUUAAUCCACAACACUUAUUUUCACCAAUCCACUUGGCAGCUGCUCAAAUAUUUAGUCCGAAAGCAACCACUGUGCUUUCACGUGAAGAACGACUUCGUCUACGUAAAGAAGAACGUCGUAGACGUAAACUACAAGAGCUGAAAUCAGGAUGUAAACGAUUUAUAGCAAUGCUUUUUUCGCAUAUAGGAUUAUCUGGCCUUGUUAUUGCCUAUACAAUAAUUGGUGGUAUUAUGUUUGGUAAUAUUGAACGAAGAAAAGAGAAAGAAACUAAAACACUUGCCUAUGAGUAUAGAAUUGAAGCUUCGAAUGAAUUUUUACACUUAUUAUUUAGUGAAUUACAAGUCUACCUGACAAAACAACCACAAUCGUGUAAUAACACCAUUGCCUUUAUGAGUUUUAUUCUUGAUUUUUUAGAGAAAGAGAAACCAAAAAAAUCGAUAACCUCCACUGUAGACGGUUUGGUGGAAAAUUCAAAUUUUACUAUGAAUGCAACAAGUUUUAUGAACACCACACAGUUUUUUACCACAGAUAACGCAAAUACCACCAUUGAACAAAGUUUAAAUGACACAGUGUAUACUAAUUCUUCAAUAAAUAUGACAAAUCUAAUCGAUAGUAAAUCUUCUAUGAUUACCGAUCUUAGAAAUAUAACACAAUCGAUAACUGAACAAGAAUUAGAUCAUAUAAGAGGUGAAAAUUCACUGAAAACACAAUUUAUUAUCUUAUUACGUGGACGUAUACAAAUAGCCUUGAUGGAGUUUACUAAACGUGUUGUCGAUUUUAUAGAAACUGAUGGUUGGAAUGGUAAUGAUUCUAUGGAAGACUUAAAAUGGUCAUUUGCUGGUUCUGUCUUGUAUGCUAUCACUGUUAUUACAACAAUUGGUUACGGACAUGCUACCCCAAAAACAGAUACAGGUAAACUUAUGACAAUCCUAUAUGCAUUAAUUGGAAUUCCAUUAAUGUUCUUAUAUCUAUCAAAUAUUGGUGAUUAUUUAGCUGAUGUAUUUCGUGUCAUCUAUUCACGUACGUGUAGAACAAGUUGUGAUCGAUUUUGUUCUGCAUCAAUAUUCAGCUUGAAAAAUGAUAAAACGCGUAUGGAACAAUUGAAUGAAUCUGCUUUACCAGUUGAUAAUGACCCGUCAGUCAAUCCAACACAUGCUACACACGGACGUCGGCGUAAACGUGUUCUCCUGCAACCCUUCACUGUUAAUACAACAUCAAAUAUACCUAAUGAUAACCAUAAUCUGAGCUUGACUGAUACAAAUGAGAACAAAAUUAAUCUGAACAAGGAGAUGUGUAAAGAUGACAAACAAGUUAUGAAUAAUAUUUCGAAUGAAACGAAUAAAGGAUUCAAUAGAAAAUGGAAUUCACAGUUAGAUAAAUUAAAAAAUAAACAAUUUUUCAUAAAACUUUCUUCAUAUUUACAAAAAUCUCGUGUAUACAUUGCACAAUCUCGUUUAGCAGCAUUUUUUAAUACAGACAGUAAAAGUGCAUUAGCUCAGGCCAAAUCUAAUCUACGUGAACUUUUUCAUCCAACAUUUACAUGGAUUCAACAAAUGGUCAAAGGAUUGAUUUAUCAAGAUGAAAAUGCUAAUGCGUCUAAACCUACUGAAAUCCCUACUGAUGAAGUAAUAUAUGUACCAAAUAAUCAAAGUGAUAAUCAAACAUUGUGUCGGACAACUGCUAUGGUUGAAAGAAAUGAUCCAAGUGGAACUAAUUACUCCGAUACUUUUGAAGAUUCUAAACACCUGUAUGAGUAUUUAACGAAACAACAGAAUCAAUUGAAUAAAACAAUGAAGCUGAAAUACGGUAGUACAUGUGCUUCUGUUCCUGAUGGGAAUUAUAGUACUCUGAGUAAUACUUUCACGCCUAACGCUUAUAUGUUCACGUCGCCGACUAGUCUGCCGACAUCUGCAACUAUUCCAGUGCAAAAUCAGCCAGCAUUGUAUAAUCUACAAAAAGAAUCUGCAAAAUAUUUCACUUAUGAUGGACAACAUCGUAAAUUUUAUCUGAUGGCACGUUAUCUACGCUCAGUGCAAAGACAACGAAGGCAUAAAAGGCGUGUAAGAAAACGUCUUCAAGAACAAGCACGUGCUGAAUUAAAAAGGAAAGAAAAUGAAAAAUUGUAUGGAACACUAUUAAAGCACAAAGAUAAUCCUAAAAUGGAAGUGAAAAGACGAACUGCUCAUAGAAUAAAUUCUUUUGACAGUGUUUCUAAUGACAAGGUAUCAACAGGUUCAACUAUACUUAGUGAAAGUGAAACAGAAUAUGUUAGUGGUGAUGGGACAAUACGUUUAUUAUGCUGGAAAGAUAUUGAUAUCGAUCUAGAAGUAAGAUCGCUUGACGAGGAAAAUAACGAAACACAGACCUUAAAGUCUACUGAGAAUAUAAAGCUUGAUAAUCCAGAGGAAGGCGAUACUUCAACUGUAAUUGUAAAUACAAAUGUCUGUGAUAUAAAAAGUCAUCUGGACAGAACAUAUUCAGCUAAAGAUUCGAUGCAUAGAAUAAAACGUAGAAAAAUUCACUGUAAAACACCAAAUUCUAAAUCUUUCAGUAAUUUUAAACAAGUUGCUCAAAAUGAACUUUCUUCGACACUUUCCUGUAAGACAUCAACAAAUGAUACGUUGGACCACACAGGAAUGUCAAGUAGAAAUGCAAUCUUGGGUUCAAAUUUACAAUCACCGAGAAAACCAACGUUCACACCAUUCAAACCACAAGAAAAUUUCUUGCAAAAUACUAUUUCAUCAAUGGGCUGUGAAGAACCUUAUGAUAUAUCAUCGAUGUCCACCUUAGUCAGACCUUAUCCUGCAAAUAUGCAGAAGACAUACAACCAGGUGAACAAUAAUAAAGUGUUCACUUCAAAAUCUGGUGUUCCAAACCCACCGGCGUAUACUUCAUUUCAACAAAGUGCACCAUUUAUUCCCGUCGCUAAUAUGUAUAAUAAAAACAUCACUCCAACUUUAUUAGAAAACUUUAAAUACCCCCCUCUUUUCACUUUACCCUAUAGAAAAAAUCAACCACAUCCACAACAAUUUCAGUAUUCUACAAUUCCUUUAGUUCCAGAAUCAUAUGGUCUACAAAGUGAUGCAUUUCAAAAAUUAUUACAGUCAACAGUUAUCUCUAAUCCUUAUGCAACCUGUGAAACGGCUUCACAUGAUAUAAAACCUGAACAGUUAGACAGUGAAGUAGUUGUACAGUUAAGUUAUUAUUCUCAACGUGGUAGUGUACAGUCAGAAGAAGAUUUAUCCUUCUUUUCAUAUCGUGAUGGUUUUGUUGCAGAUGAAGAUGUAUCUAAAGUGACUGUUCCGAUUAGUUUAUCAUUAGUUAUUAUGACUACUUAUAUACUUAUUGGAGCGAUUGUAUUUUCUAUAUGGCAAGAUCCUGAUUAUUUGAAAUGGUCAUAUUUUUGUUUCAUAACAUUAUCAACAAUUGGAUUUGGUGAUAUAGUGCCAGGUACAAAAAUUGAUUCAACUAAUCCUAAAGAAAAAUUGAUUAUCAUAUGCUUAUAUGUUGCCAUCGGUUUGUCAGUAUUUGCAAUGUGUUUCAAAUUAAUGCAAGAAGAAGUUGUGGAUAAAAUGAAAUGGUUUGCCUUUCGAAUUGGUAUAUUAAAAAAGAAAGAGACUAACGAGACAACAGAUAAAUCAUUUUAUCCUAUGAGUAGGAAUUAG